AUGAGCUGCAAGUUGGUUGUUGCUGUGUUGGCUCUUUUCCUAACCUACGCAGCGGUGUCAGAAGGGAUGAGUCUGGCAAGGAUGGGGAAUGAGCUCCGAUGCCAGUGCAUCACCUUGCAUUCCAACUUCAUCCGUCCCGGGAACAUUCGGGACGUGAAGCUGACCCCAAGCGGACCUCACUGCCAGAACACUGAAAUCAUCGCUACUCUUAAGGAUGGCAGAGAAGUGUGUUUGGAUCCCACUGCUCAAUGGGUGAAGAUCAUCAUUAAAGCAAUUUUGGACAAAGCUCAAGCCAAUGGUGAGGCAAAACGCUGAGAGAAGCCAAAGAAGAAAAAUCACUGAUGUUUCCCCUUGAAGGAAACA